AUGACCAACACAGUCGCCCCUAUCCCCCGGCUGAUCUACGGCACAGCCUGGAAAAAAUCCCAGACGGCGCCCCUCGUCGCCUCCGCCCUGUCUGCCGGCUUUCGCGCCCUCGACACCGCCGCCUCCCACCACUACUCCGAAGAGGGUGUCGGCGCCGGCCUCCGCGCCUGGCUCGCCCGCAACCCGGCCCAUGGCGUUCCCCGCUCGGGGCUUUACAUCCAGACAAAGUUCUCCCCUUCGCCCUCGACGCUUCCCAUCCCGGACCAGGUUCACCGCUCCGUCGCCGCGUCCUUCAAGAACCUCGCCGUGCCCGGGGACCAGUUCGCCACGGAGGAAACCGAGGCUGCCGCCGCCGCCGCCGACAACGACGACGGCAACUUCUACCUCGACUGCGUCCUCCUCCACGCCCCCUACCCCUCAUACGCCGACACCCUUCUCGCCUGGCGCGCCCUGGAAUCCUACGUCCCCUCGCGCAUCCGCACCCUCGGCAUCUCCAACGUCGACCUCGACGAGCUGCGCGCCCUCUGCGUCGACGCCGCCGUCAAGCCCGUCGUCGUCCAGAACCGCCUGAACCCCAAAGAGGCCUACAACACCCCCGUCCGCGUCUUCUGCCGCGACGCCGGCAUCAACUUCCAGUCCUUCUGGACCCUGACGGCGAACCCGCAGCUCGUCAAAGGCCACGUCGUCGCCAGGGUCGCCGCCGGCGCCGGCGUCAGCAACGAGGUUGCCAUGUACGGGCUCGUGCUGGGGCUGAGGGGGGUCAGUGUGUUGAAUGGAACGACAAACGAGGCGCGUAUGAAGGAGGAUCUCGAAGGCGUGGAAAAGGUGGCCGCCUGGGCCGAAGGCGACGGGGCAGAGGUGUGGAAGGAGAGCUUGGCGGCCUUCAAGUCAGUCCUCGGCGAUCCGGAGGGAGUCUAG